AGUUGGAGUUGACUGUUUUGUAUGCAAUAACAUAUUACACAUAAUGUUUGGGUACUUACUUGAUAACCACAGGGUUAUCUGAUAAAAAAUUAUAUUAUAAAGGUCGUGGUGGCGUGUAAUAAAUAGCUAAAUUAUUUGAUUUAUUGUUGAAGUGAUGGAGCAUACGAUACCAUCCGAUAUUCUAGAUGAUUUAAGCAGUCGAUUUAUUAUCAACGUGCCCGAAGAAGAAAGAAAAGAUUUAGUCAGGAUAUGUUUUCAAAUUGAAUUAGCUCACUGGUUUUAUUUGGACUUUUAUUGUACUGAUGAAAAUCCAAAGUUACGACCAUGUAGCAUGAGAGAAUUUGCCACACACAUUUUUUAUCAUAUACCAUUUUUAAAACCACAUGUAGCUAACAUAGAUAAUAUUCUUGAGCAAUGGCGAGAAUAUAAACAGAAUGUUCCAACAUUUGGAGCAAUUGUAUUAAAUGAAGAUUUAACAAAAGUAUUAUUAGUUCAAAGUUAUUGGGCAAAGAGUAGUUGGAGCUUUCCCAAAGGUAAAGUCAACGAGGAUGAAGAUCCAUCUCAUUGUGCUGUUCGAGAAGUUUUAGAAGAAACUGGUUUUGACAUUUCAAAUUUAAUAGAUGAAAAUGAAUAUAUAGAGUCAGUGAUAAAUGAACAAUUAGUGAGAUUAUAUAUAAUAUGUGGUGUUCAGAAAGAUACAAAGUUUCAACCAAAAACAAGGAAAGAAAUAAAAAAUGUAGAGUGGUUUUCUUUAGCUGACUUACCCAAUAAUAAGAAAGACAUGACACCAAAAGUAAAGACAGGAGUUGGUCCUAAUGCAUUUUUUAUGGUUAUUCCCUUUGUGAGGAGAAUGAGACGUUGGAUACAAGAAAAGCAUUUGCGAGAGAAAAAUGUAAACACUGUGAGAAGACACAGGCAUAGAUCUCUUGGAGAUGUUGAAACUGUCUCAAAGAACAAGAGGCAACAGCAAUUACUUUCUCAUUCUGUUCAGAAUGAUAUUACAAGUUUUAAAGAUGUUAAAAACUUUCGACAAUCUAACACAUCACCUGCGCGAAAUCGUCGCGGUACAUACGAUAAUAAAAAUAUCGUAUCAAAAGCAGCAAUUAAACGUAAUUUAUUUGGUGAACAAAAUGAAGAUGAACCAUCAGCUGUUCUUGCUAAACAAUUAACGGAUAGUCCACGAGGUCAACAACCUUGCACAUUUUUAAUGGAUCCUGCUAUUCAGUCAGUGAAAUGCAACGAUUUUAGCUAUAAAGCUCAAGCUUUGGCUAAGGAAGUGAAAGAUCAAUCAUCGGAUGAACUUCAAAGUACAGAAUUUUCAAAAGGAAAUAUAAAAUCUUUGUUGUUUAACAAAGCAACAAUACAAUUCAACAAAGCAGAUUUGAAAACAAUACCUUCUCCAUUGAUGAUAAUGAACCAUAAGAUGUCGCAUUUUCUUCCCGAUGAAUGUAAUCACCGUUCUACGGAAUUUUGUUCAAUGAUUUGGGCACAUUUUAAGUUUGAUAAACAGGCAAUACUUAAUUGUUUAUAAAAUUUUAUUUAAAUGAUUCGUGGUAGAGACGUGGAAACGUGGGAAGGAACAGUGUAAUACUCAAUGAGUUCAUACUCAUAGCUGUACUAAAUCUCUGUAUAAUAUAUACAUUUGUGAAGUGUCGCGUACGGAAAUUUAGAAUUAAAUAUAAUUUUAAAUAUUUACAUGCGAUCUCAAUAGUCUCUCAUUGAACUGUACUUUGUUUUUAACUGAUUUUAUCUGGUACAAUAAUAAUAUUAAUAUGCAUUCUU